ACUAAAUAUUUAGACAAAAUAUAAUUUAAUACGAACAAUAUAUAAUGUAGCCAUUGUAUUAAAAUUGAAAAAAUUAAUUAGUUUUGCGCAUACAAAAGUCUUAGACAAAAGUAUAGCGCAUUUUUCUUAGUACCUAUUAUAAGUUUAUGAAACAUAUCGAAUGGAAAUAAGUAAGUUCUCAUUAAAAUCUACAGUUUAAUACAGAAUCUGAUCCAUAAUAAAGUAAAAGUGCAAUGUUUUGUAAUCAAACAUUUUUUUGGCGGCGCGCCAACGGUGUCCAGAAAUAGUCGGCGUGCGAAUGACGGGCGCGAGCACAAUUCGUUUAUCUUUAUAAUUUAUAAUCAUCGGUAUUCUGCAAUGGAUCGACAUCACCCCCUCCACUCGAGCUUCCAUGGCUCCAUGAGGAGCAGAGACUCCACUUCCACAGUUGGCAGCGACCCCAGGGAGAAAAUCAAAGACUGUUUCAGGAAAUUCAUAGCUUUCAUGUUUACACAAGUGGGUGUCGGUGCUCUAGUUGUUUGCUAUGCAAUACUGGGUGCUGCAGGCUUUAUGCACAUAGAGAAAGAUAAUCCAGAUGAACAGCUACAAGAUGUCCGACAGUGGAGAAAAAACUGUGCUGAGAAACUCUGGAACAUAACAAUAUCAGAAAACAUAUUUAACCAAACUGUCUGGGAAAAUAGUGUCAAUAAAGUUCUGAAAGUUUUUCAAAACAAUAUCACUGGAGCAGUCCACACCGGUUACAAUGGAAGGUCAGCUGAAGAUAUUUGGUCAUUUCCUGCUGCUCUGAUGUACUCCCUCUCAGUUUUCACUAUGAUUGGCUAUGGAAAUAUAAUACCUAAGACUGUGUGGGGGAAAAUUGUGACUAUAGCUUAUGCAUGCUUUGGAAUUCCAAUUUACGUGUUGUAUUUCUGCAAUAUGGGCAAAGUAUUGGCUCAGACAUUCAAAUGGUUAUACAUAACCGCUCAUGAAUGCAGUAGAAGAGAAGAUAUUCCAGUGGAAGAUGGGGAGGUUAUGCCGAAACGUAAAAUCACUGUCCCGUCUACAGCUUGUCUAUGGGUGAUUUCAUUCUAUAUUCUCACUGGGACCAUUAUGUUUGGAGCUUGGGAGAAGUGGAACUAUUUGGACUCAACAUAUUUCUGUGUGAUCAGUCUGUGCAAGAUUGGCUUUGGAGAUUUCGUUCCGGGUGCUAACAUAGCUGAUUCAGCUGGUGGCUCUCAUUUGAAAUUGGUUAUAAACUUUAUUUAUGUGUUGCUGGGCAUGGGCCUUGUUGCCAUGUGCUACAAUUUGAUGUGUGAAGAUGUACGGGUGAAAGUUAGAGAGUUGCGACAAGAUCUGAAGAACUGCUUGGAUGACAUAACACUGAAGAUAACUAUAUGCAUGAAUGACACCAAGUAUUAUCAUAAACAGAACAGAAGCAUGAAAUGAGUGUUGCAUUAUUAAAUUGAUGAAUUAUUAUUUUUUAUACAGUGUUAAAAACACAUGUGUCUUGCUUAGCAUAUUCUGUUUUUAAUUCUCAUGGCCAAGUGAUGUGGCCAUCAUAUUUUUACUUCAUCCCACCAGGCUUUGGACUUCAAAUUGUUAUUUUCAAUUGGUGCCACUUGGUGUGGAAUGUACUUGCAGAUUUAUUGUAUGAUGUGUUCCUUAUAAACUUAAUGUAUCUUUAUUAAUUUAAAUAAAAAAUAAUAAAUAUUAUGAGGAUAUUUAUUAACAA